AUGGCUGAAGUGAUUGCUGAAACGAAACCCAUAGCUCUGGAGACACGCAAACGCGGCCGUCCGCGGACCGUGACAGACGACCAAGAGGUCCCAGAGAGACGUCGCAAGCAGCUCCGCGUCGCACAGCAAGCUUAUCGCCGGCGGAAAGAGAACACGAUCAGUAAUCUGCAAGCCCGUGUGCAGGGGUUGGAGGAGGGCAUCAAGGAGAUGAGUCAAUCGUUCCUGUCGUUCAGUAACCUUCUCUUCGAGGAGGACAUACUUGCGCGACACCCGAAUAUCAUCUCCGUGCUCCAGAAUAUCACCCGGCUAUGUGUAUCGCUCGCCAAACAGGGCUGUGACGAUGCCGAUAAACCUGCCGCCGCGGUCGAAGGUACCUCUACAACAAAUGUCAGCCGCAAGAAGAGCGCUCCACAAAAUGUUACCCUCCACUUUAAUUCAGAUCGCUUGGAAGUCGUUAACUCCUCGAUUCCGGAGGACACUCUUCAAUUUCCAUUCAGCUCGUGGCAAUGGCCCUCCUCGCAAGCCCUUACGCCUUCUUAUCAAAAACAGGCAAUGCUCCCAUUCGGACUCGUAUUAUCAGCGUCAUCUAUGUAUUCAUCGUCUCCGGGUUCAGCAUUGCUGAGCCCUCCAGCAACGAUAAAUUCUGCCAGUUGCCGAAAAGAAGAACGGGGGACCCUCUCACAGCGCCUUGUACGAGAAUGUUGCGAGUAUUUAUACGAACUACUGGUGAACUCACCAGGCAAUGCGAAGAUUGGCGAGAUCUUCGGUCAGCCACUGACAUUGUCCGAACACAAUCGUCUAAUAUCCGCAUUCUACAUGGCCAUGAAUGAUGCUUUCGGCGACGCCAUUGAGCUCAAGACCAAGGUCCUCAACCCAAUGUACAACAAGAGAGAGAAUUUGUCCCCAAAUAUGCUUUCGCGGUCCUCGAGGACGUGGCAACUCGUUGUUGACUCGGGAGUUGAUGAAUGGCUGGAUGCCAGUGGCGUGCAGAGGCUUCUGCAACAAAAGGGGAUCCACACCGACAGUGGCUCCCCUCACUCUAGUCCACGUAUUGAUGCAUUAUCGGAAUUUAAUCUCUCGACUUUCUUAAGAAUUCUAUCCCUCGAUUUCAUUUGUGUUGGCCCUGGACCAAUAUUCCGAAAGCAAGGUGUUGAGCAAGCAUUACAAUUGGCAACAUCAUAUAAUCAGUGGGAGUUCGAUUACCCAAAAUUCAUGUCCUGA